ACCCUCGAGAGCAGCCUCCACCCACCUUCUCUAUUUUUUUCUCCCUCUCUCUCUCUCUCUCUCUCUAAUCUUCCGAUACUUUCUCUCGCUAAAGCUCUCCAGAAUUUUCCCUCUCAAGCCUAGGCCUCAGCUCGUCAAUGGCGAAGUACGGAGAAGGCGACAAGCGGUGGAUCGUUGAAGACAGACCCGACGGCGCCAACGUCCAUAACUGGCACUGGGCGGAGAAAAACUGUCUCGAAUGGUCUCGAACUCUCCUCUCGAAGCUCCUCUCCGAGCUGACCAUUCUCGACGGAGAAGGCAAUCUGUACAUCAAGACCAAGACCCUUGAAAAGCUUGAAGGGGAAGCCUACGUCAAUGUCAGGAAAGGGAAGAUCAUACCUGGAUACGAAAUCGCAUUGACGCUUUCUUGGGAGGGUGAGGCCAAGGACCCAGAUGGCAAAUCUGUGAUUAAAUGCGAUGGGACUGUGGAGAUUCCCUAUAUAGCUGAUGAGAAUGCGGAUGAGGACCCAGAGGUGAAGAUUUUGGUGAAGGACGAGGGACCGUUGGGGAAGAGGUUGAAAGAGGCUAUGGUGGCAAAGGGGAAGCCCAUGAUUUUGGAAAAGGUUAGGGUUUAUGUGCAGAGCAUGGCGAAGGGAGGUCCGGCGAAGGAUGAAUUGGAGGUGAAGAAGGCACCUGGGAGCGCUGCUAAAUCGUCGGUGUCGUCUGCGGCGGCUGCGUCAAAUAUUGGGGCGCAGAAAGAGGUGAAGAAGGCGGUGAAGAAGGAGGAGAAGAAGGGGUUCAAGACAAUAACGUUGACGGAGAAGUUCAGUUGUAGGGCGAAAGAUAUGUUUGAGAUAAUGAUGGAUGAGAAUAGGUGGAAAGGGUUUACGCAGAGUAAUGCGAAGAUAAGCAAAGAGGUCGGUGGGGAGAUUAGCAUUUUUGAUGGAUCGGUCACAGGGGUGAACAUGGAGUUGGUUGAAGGGAAGUUGAUUGUUCAGAAAUGGAGGUUUGGGAGCUGGCCUGAUGGUGUUAAUUCUACGGUGCGAAUUGCUUUUGAUGAGCCUGAACCGGGGUUGACUGUUAUUAAACUGACGCAGACUGGUAUUCCUGAGGAAGAUAGAUAUGGGAAUGCAACAGUGGUAGAGAACACUGAAAGAGGGUGGAGGGAUCUCAUUUUCCACAAGAUAAGAGCAGUGUUUGGUUUUGGAAUAUGAAUUUUUUUUAUGGAAAAGACUAAGUGUAGAAUCCUAAUCAAUUUCAUGUUUUGGAUCUGGAAAUUGCUUUUCAACUGGGAAAAUUGUGGAUGCUAGUUUUCUGUUGCUCCAUGUUGUUAAAAGUCUUCCCUAGACUGAUUGUCAUGCUUCUGAUGUUAUGAAAUAACUAAAAUCACUGUUGGAACCGAUAAGGUUUGAUACGAGUGAGAUAGUGUGUGGCUUGUUGAGUUCAUGUUACUAUCUAUUUUUUAUCCUACUGCAUGUUAUUACAUGUCAGUAUUGUCUCUAUAUUUGUCUUGGAGACACUUUUAUUUCUGAAAUUAAUAUUCUCAUGAUCUUUAUCUCAUUAUAGUAGUUACACAUGAUCAUCAUGGUCUUGCUACUUCUUGUUGUUGUCAAUUCCACAGAAAACGACCUAUGCCAUCUAAGAGCUUGUGCUUAUAUUGGGUCAUGAUGGAAAUUCCUAUUAGGUUUAUGUUUUUUCAUUCGGUGGUAACAUCUCUAAAUUAUAAUGGAUUAGGUCCCUUGUUUGGUACCAGGGUUUUUUGGCCAAAUAAUGUGGUCAAUUUUCUUUGUGUUCAACUUGCUACUUGACUCAAUAAUGCUGGCUCGGAAACACCAUCACCAUGGUUUAUCAUAUAAAAGAAUUAAUGACCCUAUAGCUAUAGUGCUGAAACUUUGGUUCAGGAGAGUUGUCAUGGUAAAUCUUUCGGGAUCGGGAACCCUUUUGUGGGAUUUACUCGUAUGUUAUGGUGUAACAUGGAUGGUGACAGUUGAAAGGGCUUUAGUUGUAGUUGCAGUUCAUUGAAGGUGAAAUUUUUUCCAAUACCAAAUUUUCAUGGUGAGAAUAUGACUUUUCAGAUAUUGUUUGACAUCUCUUGUCAGUGAUCAAUGACAUGCUAGAAAUUUAGUGGAACUUAAAGAAAAAUGUUUGCUUCUGAGUAAUUGGAUGAUCUUACAGGAUACAUUUAGGCUUUGUUAAUUUGCAUUUUGUUUAUAAGUUAGUGCUUUUGUAAUCUCCAUGAAGCCUUUUUGUUACUCUCACUGCUGGAGGUAGUCCUAGUCUCCUAGGUGGCUGUCAAGCGGUUACUGAGGGGACUUCCUCACGGUCAUAUGAGAGGGUGUGAAGAUGGGUGAAAAAGGUAAAGCUGAGUGUCAAAUUAUCGAAGUUGUGUGAUGAUUAUAAUGGCACAGUCAAUACAAGUGCCAAAUAAAAUGGAGUGUUAAAAAUUACAAGCAUCUUUUGGGGGGUGCAGAGUAUUUGUAAUUGGUGAUCCAUUUGAGAAAAGAAAAAGGAAAAAACGAGACCAUAAUGACCAUGUGUAGAUUAAGAAAAUAAAUAAAAACUUAAUAGUAACUAAACAUGAGCGAACUGAGGCGUUUUCAUGAUAUGGAUUUAACAUUCAUUUGUAGUUUCAAACAUUUGGGAAAGGGUGAUUAAGGAAAGACUAGAGACUCAUUUAUGGAAAUCAGUUUAGUUGAAGUGUGCAUACUGCAAUAACCAAAAAUAACAGUGUGCCUGUAGUGCAUCUGGAGCAUCAAGCAUGUAAUCAUGUAUCCCGGCAUGUAAAUUAUUUGCUACAUGUAAAAUACACCAUUGUUUUAUGUCCACACACUCGUAAGUGUUAAGUGCUAAUGAGUCAUCCCUUGCUUGACCUAAAAGCUCGUGCUCCAAUUACUUGCAUCUGCAUUUUUGGAAUUUUUGUGUUGUUUGUUUUUAACCACAGGAACUGUAUACAAGCAAUAACUCUGUUGGGAGUGUGGAUAGGUUGAAAUUCUUCCAAGAAAGCAAAGUGGGGGUGCUUGCUUGGUUCUUUGUGAGGGGAAAAGUUGAUUAACUGGUUCAAACAGAAUGAUGGAGGAGGCUGUUUAGAUUAAUGAGUAUGUAUGUGAUCUUUGAUACUUUUGUAUUUCAUUUUAUGUUCUUUUAUCUACUGUUUACUUACAGCGAA